AAAAAGAAUAAGUUAUUAAAUUCAUAAUUAUUAAUGGACACACCUAUAGGUAAAGAUCUCACGAAUUCUGUCAUCGGCAAAGUUUACAAAUUGAUCAAGAGAAUAGGAAGUGGAGCUUUUGGGGAAAUUUACCAAGUAGCCAAGGGAAAGGAGGAAUAUGCAAUGAAAUUGGAAAGAAGCGAUAAUAAGCAUCCUCAAUUGUUUUUUGAAGCCAAAUUGUAUUCAUAUUUACAAGGCUCUGAUCAUAGUGAUAAAGGUAUUUGAAGGGUUAAUUAAAAGUUAGGAAUCCCUAGAAUAUAUGCUUAAGGAACAGACGGUGAUUAUAAUUACAUCGUCAUUGAUUUAUUGGGUUAGAGUCUUGAAGACCUGUUCAACAAGCAUAAUAAAAGAUUAUCUCUAAAGACUGUAAGCAACUCUAAUUAAUAAUUAGGUCUUGAUGCUUGGAGAUUAGAUGAUUUAACGAAUUGAAUUCAUCCAUUAGAAUAAAUUCCUUCAUCGCGAUAUUAAGCCUGAUAAUUUCCUCAUUGGGUUGGGCUAGAAGGCAGUUAGAAUCUACCUCUUAGAUUUUGGAUUAGCCAAAAGAUAUUAAACAAAGGAAGGACAUAUCCCAUACAGAGAGGGAAAGAGUCUAACUGGAACUGCCAGAUAUGCAUCUAUCAAUACACACUUAGGAAUUGAGUAAUCAAGGAGGGAUGACCUAGAGUCUCUUGGUUAUGUCUUAAUGUAUUUAUUAAGAGGAUAGCUUCCUUGGCAAAACAUGAAAGGAAACAAUCAAAAAGAAAAAUAUCAAAGAAUCAUGGAGAAGAAGUUGGAAACAUCUUCUGAUGUAUUGUGUAAAGGAUUUCCUAUUGAAUUAAGUCAAUAUUUGAAUUACUGUAAGCAUUUAAAAUUUGAAGAAAAACCAGAUUAUCUUUAUCUAAGAGGAUUGUUUAAGGUAUGUUGAUGAAAAUACAUUUUAGGAUGCUUUUAAAAAGAUUGGCUUUGAACUUGAUUAAAAGUAUGACUGGAUAAAGGAUGACAAUGUGAUAAAAACUCAGCAGGAUUUGAUGAGUACUGAAAAACAAUAGUUGCAUCAACAGUUGAUUAUGACAUAACCAUUACAAUAAUAACCUCCAAUACUACCAAAGGCGGCAUUGAAUGGGAUAGAUUCUGAGAAGAAAAUAUCAAACACAAACAACUAAUAAUUAAGCACUUAAUAAUUGACUGCAUAAAGAAAAACACUAUAAUAAUAAUAGAUGAAUAAGAUGUCAUCAGUUGAAAAGAAAAGAACUACUUCUUAAAAUAGAUAGCCUAUCCCCUCGAAGGAAAUAGUAAAGCCAGUGACUUAAGUGUUGGCACCAAAAAUAGUCACUACUAAGGAACCUCACAGAAAAUAUUGA